AUGAAGGUCCUUAAUAAGAUGCCUCAAAGAGUUCGGUCAAAGGGAGCACAUAAUGCACAAGUGGACCAGAAGAUAGGAUAUGCUCCUGCUCCUGUCCUCAGAGUCGGCCAACCAGGUGAUGUUUGCUGUGUACAGGUGAUGGUUGGAUAUUCAGACUCACGUAAAGAUCCUGGCGGCUUUACUGCUGCAUGGGAACUUUACAAAGCUCAAGAAGAUGUUGUAGCUGCAUGCAAUGAAUACGGUAUAAAGGUUACUCUGUUCCAUGGGCGUGGAGGGAGUAUUGGAUGUGUCAGUAUUGUGUAA